GCUGGCAGAAGGGGCCCGCCUUCGCCAGGGAGCGUCCUUCCUCUGCCCCCUUCUUCUCCUGGCUACCCCUAUCCGUAGGAACCCCAGCGGAGGAGCCAGAGAAAUCCUGACUCUCCCGGGCACGAAGAGGCUCCGCCCUCGCCUUAAGCGCACUCCCUUUCCUCCCCAGCCUCGGGCCGAAGACGAACCCAGGCCCUGGGCCCGAACACCCAUGACAAGAGCAGGACUUCCCUCUCUGCUUCGGAGCGCGCACCGGGCCCCUCCGCGCCUGCCACGGCCCUGGCUUCCGCUGGCUCGGAAGUUCGGACAGCCGUACGAGCGGGAAGAGGCCAAGAAGGAGAGGCCCAAGCUAGGCUGGGAUGGCCGCAGCCGCAGCCGGAGCCCGAGGCGUCCGAGAGUGGGGCCUGUGGCUUCUCCGAGCACCUCCGAAACCGAUCUCAUGACGGAGCCCAUUGUGAUUUCGGAUGACAGUGAUGACGAGCCUGACGGGCCUGGCAGAAUCGCCGCCGGCGGUGACCAAGCCUGCAUGUCCCGGAAGACCCGACCCCAAAACGGACACCGGACCCGAGGAGCUGUUGCAGUGGAUUUCAUAGAUUUAACCAAAGACACUGACCCAGUAGAGAAGACCUCUCCCAGCGAACACAGUGUGAUAGACCUGACAGGGAUGGAGGAAGAGAAGACUCUCUUUAACUCGGCUUAUGUAAACAGUAUGAACCUACAUCUGGAUCUCUUCUCUUGUUCCCAAAAGAAGCAUCAUGCCCUUUCUGUGGCAGAUGAAAACCACCCCAUAAAAUGUGAGGUGGCACAACAGACUGAAGAAGGAUCUCAACUCCUGAAGGAGGAAGUUUGUGACAGCCUAACUGCUCAGGGCCCAGUUGACAGCACUGAAUUUGAAGACGGCCUCUCGCCAGUAUCCAGUAGUGAGGAUUCUUUGUGUAGCUCAGAGCAGAACUGUAGUACAACUACCUUCAACAGUGAUCUGGGCUCUUUGGCUAGUUUACAGAUCUCCUCAGAUGUUUUCUCACUCUCUCCAAACAGCAAUAGCAAUGAUAGCAAUACCCAAAAUGUAUCAGUACCCUUCAUCCUGGAAAGCUCAUCUGACUCAUGUUCUAGAGAUUGGCAGAAUAAAAAUAACUCUGCUGAUAGAGCUAGUCUGCUCCCAAAAGACUCUUCGCUCCUUUCACAGUCUUUCUCCUCAGAGCAAGUUACCAGGGUUUCUGUCCUAGAGACCCAAGACAUGGCAGAGAAACCCAUGCCAGUGGCUGCAACCCCAGAGCCUGUAGUAAGAAACCCACCACUGGUGGACUUACCCAGUAAACCCUGUCCGCCCAGAUUAAGAUAUUUUCUUAGACCUCCAGUGCAUCACCUCUUCUUUCAGGCAUUGAUACAGGACAAAGACAUCAAAGAGAAAAAAGAACAAAAGAGAGAACCUAUUCCCCAACGAAGACUGCGAAUGGUGUUUAGCACCAUCGAAGAGAACGUCCCACAAGAGACUUUGCAAUUCCUCAUGGACUUUGUGUCCCCCCAACAUUAUCCUCCCAAGGAGAUUGUGUCCCAUGUCAUCAAGAAUAUCCUACUAGGUUCCAGAAGUAUGACUGUCAUGAAAGAGGCCUACAUGCUUCUAAUGAAAAUUCAACAGCUACAUCCAGCCAAUAUUGCCUCUGUGGAGUGGGACUGGAAGCUGCUCACCUACGUCAUGGAAAAACAAGAGGAAGAGAUGCCUGGCAGAAUAUUCUUUUUGCGCUAUGUAGUGCAGACCUUGGAAGAUGAUUUUCAGCAGGUCCUGAGGCAUCAACAGCACCACCUACAACAAUCCAUCGCAUGUACUAUGCUCUCCUGUGAUAAGCAGCCCCAUAACAUCAGGGACAUCAUCCAGUGGCUAGUUGGUGCUGUGACUAAGGGUGGGUUCCAAAAGGAAAACUAUCAACAGAUCUUUUCAGAAAGCCCCCAGGACAAGAGUGGCAACCACCUACACCCACCUUUCCCAGGAAAAAGCAACAUUCAAUUGGUAAUUUUACAUCUUCAGAGGAUGCUGUCUCUGGCUGUUGAGGUUGACAGGACCCCAACCUGCAGCUCAAAUAAGAUUGCAGACAUGAUGUUUAGAUUCGUGCUAAAUAUUCCUGAAAGGAGCCAGAGGGAAGUCUUCUUUACAACCAUGGAGAGCCAUCUCUUGCGCUGCAAAGUACUAGAGGUUCUGUUCCUCCACAGCUGUGAGAAGCCUACUACCCUCCCACUGUCUCUUGCCCAGACCCUUCAUUUCCUCAACCAUUCAACAUCAUUGCUCAAGAAUCAGGCUGAAAAAAGCAAUUGGCAGAGUUGGGAUGAGCUGGUUGAACAGCUGCAAUUUCUCUUAUCUAGUUAUCAGCACGUGUUGACAGAACACUUGAGGACCUCGGUAAUUGAAAGGAAGGAUCUGCUUAUCAAAAGGACUAGGCCCCUCCUACAGGAGGGCGAUGAUAUCACUUCCCUGGAUGUUGAAGUAAAAUUUGAGGCUUUCCAAGUACGACUAGCAGAAGAGCUUGGUGAGCCUCUAGUACCCCAGCUCCAAGAAAAGGUAUUCCUGCUCAAACUGCUACUCCUUUGUGCAACCAACAGGAACUCCAUGCUUGAAAAUGGGCUCCAGUAGGGUAAUGGCUGAGACCUGCCAAUGUGACUGUUACUUACCUUUAGUGGCUUUUGCAAAAAAGGCAGUUAGUAUGUUACUGAAACCAAUACUGUCCACUUUCUUAAUGUUAAUAACUUCAUGACCCUUUAUAGAAAAUUCACUUUACAGUGAAUUCAUGAUAGACACCCCCCAAAUGUGACUUUAAUAUGCAAAUUAUAUUUUGUAAUAAAUUAUUUCUCAUGUUUGGAAGGAAUCUUUUUAAGGAACCUUACUAUGCUAAAGCUUUCUUAGCACUAAUCCUGCUAGUUGGUUUCUUAGGGAUGAAAAUCCUCUUCCCUGCCUCCUGCCAUUCAUACCUCCCCCUAGAUUUGCUCCCUCAUGUGACUUCAAACAAGUCAUUCUCUCCAGGCCUUUUUUUUUCCUAUAAAUUGAGUGGAAUAAAUGAUCUGAGCAGUACUUUGCAACUCUAAAAUAUACAAUCCCCUUAAUAAAUUUUGCUUCAUCUUUACUGCUAGUCUUAAACAAUAUGUAUUACCAUUACUAAGACUGAAAAGAAGGAAAAGGCACAAUAAAGUGAGGUGUGAGCUCUAGAUUAUUAGAGUCAGAGGAUUGUGAUUGGCAUAGCUCUUGAAAGCUAUAUGCCAAUAAAAUAUGAACUGCCAGGUCCUACCUAGGAUGAAAGCAUCCAAGUUUGGGCCUCAUCAUUAAAUUGUCUACCAACUGAAGCUACAUAAUCAUGAAGUAGGAUACCUCUCAUGAAAACCAGUCACGAAGGUUUAAGAAUCUCUUAGAUCUUAACUCAGAUCCUCCACAGGCACAAAUGGGUGGGAGUAAAAUGACCAAGUUCUUCUAGAUUCCGGCCUCCUUUAAUUCCAUGAUCUAGGAUGUGUUCUAUCUGUAUAGCUUCCAAACCUUUCCAGGCUAUAGGUGACCAUUUUCUUAAGUUGAAAUGCACCUUCACCUUUCUCCCCCCUGCCAAAAGUUUUUCCCUUGUCCACCUUUAGUGCUGAGCUUCAUCAGAUUUGGCUAAGUUAUUGUACUUAUAUCCUUUAUACUUACCCCCUUUAAUGUAUGUAGCAGUCCAUCUCCAGACCCCAGGAGUGGCAGCUACAGGCCAAAGAACCACAGAAAAUAAAAGAUUUAAAC